CCGAAAUGUUUGUCGUUUAUUUGCAGGAAGUCGACAAAGCAAGCUGCACCUCACUUUGCAACGAGGUGGAAGGAUGCUCGUGUUAGAUGCUUGUGUGGAAGGACAGAUUUCCGCUGUAAAGCUGCACUCUCGAUAGUGACUAGUCGGGGCUCAUCAUAAAAGAAAAAGGAAUAGUACCCCCAGACAUGAGUUGGCUCCACCUUUCAGCCUUCUUUUCACGUUACAAUGUCGGAUUGCAUUAUUGGAGGUAACUCCUCAGAAGCAUCUUUGCAUAUAGAAGGACUUUUGUUUUUCAUCCACUGCUAAGAAGAUUAAUUUCACCAAUUUGAGAGAGAGAGAGAGAGAGAGAGAAGCGGAGAAAGAAGAUCAGAAAUAUGGCUGAAGGUGUUGUUACAGUAGUGGCUGAAGGGAUCAAGCCACUGGGAGAGUUCAUCAUUCAGCAAGCGAAAAUCUUGAGUGGAGUCAGCUAUCAAAUUGAGCUUGCGCAGAUUGAGCUACAUUUGAUCCGGGGAUUUCUAAAAGACGCAGAUACGAGGCAACAAGAUGAAGAACUAGUACGCAUUUGUGUUAAACUUAUCAGAGAUGCUGCUUAUGAUUUGGAGGAUGUCAUUGAAUCUUUUGCCUUGAAAGUGGCUUCCAGGAGGAGAGGAGGUACUGUGAAGAUUGUUCUCAAAAGGUUUGCCUGCAUCUUUAACGAAGGACUUAAUCGAUACAAGAUUGGGUCCGAAAUUGAGGAUAUUAUGACCAAACUUUCUCAUCUGAGGUCAAGUUUGCAAAGUUAUAACAUCAGGCAAAUAAGUGGGGCUGAUGGUGUCGCUUCUUCUUUUAAGAGGCAACGAGACCGAAGGCUAACUUAUCCUCAUCAAGUUGAAAAUCACAUUGUUGGGUUGGAGGAAAGCACGGAAAGACUGGUGAAAGAGUUGGUAGGAGAAGGAAACCGUCACCCUGUUGUUUCUAUUUGGGGGAUGGGCGGCUCCGGAAAAACCACUCUUGCAAAACAGGUUUUUCUUCAAAAUGAAGUUAAGCGUCAUUUUGAUUGUUUUGCUUGGGUCUGUAUAUCUCAACAAUGGGAAGGAAAGGAUGUAUUGGAAGAUAUUUUAAUUCAACUCACACCAGAUAAAAGGAAAGAAAUUUCCAAAAAGGGAAUGAUUGAAAUAGCAAGGGAGGUCUAUAGUAUCCAACGAGAACAGAGAUGUCUGGUGGUCCUUGAUGACAUAUGGACUCAAGGGGCUUGGCAUUCGAUAAAAGCUGGAUUCCCAAUCAAUGAGGAAACAGAGAGCCGGAUAUUACUCACUACUCGCAAGAAAGAAGUUGCCGUGCUUGCAUCCGGAAGUGAUCAUCUCCAUCAACCUCAACAAUUAAAUGACAAACAAAUCUGGGAACUGUUUGAAAAGAUAGCCAUAUGUGGAAGCGACAAACCAGACAGACUUCCAAAUGAAGACCGGGAAGAUUAUGAAAAGAGGAGAGGGAAGAUCUUGGAAGUUUAUGAAAAGAAGAGAGAAUUAGGGAAGAAGAUGCUUGUACAUUGUUCAGGUUUGCCAUUAGCCAUCAGUGUGCUUGCUGGUCUUCUAAGUAGACGAGAGAAAGUUGAGGAAUGGGAAACAGUACUUAGAAAUGUUGAUCAUUACAUAAUGAGAGGCGCAAAUGUCCUUGAAAGAGAAAACACAAGUGAAGAGUAUGGUGUAUCGAGUGUCUUGGCAUUGAGUUAUGAUGACUUACCAUCUCACUUAAAACUCUGCUUUCUGUAUUUAGCCCAAUAUCCUGAGGAUCAUGAGAUACAGGUAACAAGAUUGACUCAAUUAUGGAUUGCAGAAGGGUUUAUGCCUUCAACAUCAGAAAUACAUGGUUCAAUUGAAUUAAUGGAAGAUGUAUCAUAUGGUUGCCUAAUUGAACUGGUGCAAAGAUCUAUGGUUCAAGUUGGAAAAUAUAGUUCAAGUGGGAAGGUGAAAAGUUGCCGUCUCCAUGAUCUGAUGCGGGACUUGUGCUUGCAAAAGGCAAAAGAGGAGAACUUUCUCGGUAUUGUUAACUUUUCUGUUGGUUCGGUAUCUAAUGCAACUCUGAUUGGUAAGGUUCGAAGACUUGCCCUCUAUUUGGACAAAAAUAAAUAUGAGUUCAGUAGUGAGAAUGGAAGAGAUGGCCACAUUAGGUCUCUAUUAUACUUUGCCCCAGAAUACUUCGACCAAAAAUGGAUCAAAAGAAUAAUACGAUCAGUAUUCAAUGACUUCAAAUUGCUUAGAGUCUUGAAGUUUGAAAAUAUAUGUAGAGAGUUUGAGUUACCAAAGACGAUUGGGAAUCUAGUCCACCUGAGGUUUCUGAGUCUGAAGGAUAGUGCAUUUCGUGCGUUGCCGUCAUCUAUAUCUAAUCUGGUACUUUUGCAAACUCUAGAUCUGCGGGGUCAUAUUGUUGGAGGAUAUGAAACUUGUUUUGGGUUUGGGUGGUACAGCGUGACCAAAAUCAGAAAUGUGUUUCGGAAUAUGGAGCAACUGAGGCAUUUGUAUUUACCUAGUUGGUACAUGAGAGUCUGUGGAAAGAAACUGUCAUUUGCAAGGCUGUGCAAUUUGCAGACGUUGGUCAAUGUUAGAAUUGAGAAGUGUGAUUUGAAUGGUCUUGUUCAAUUAAGCAAUCUGAAGAAACUAAGCAUAAAGCGAUCAGAGACUAGUGAGUUGGAAAAGCUGAAGGACAUGUUGAUAUCAGGGAAUAGAGCAUAUAAACAUCUUCGGUCGCUAUCUCUGCAGGCAGACCAAUGUGGUGAUAUUGGGGAUAUACCAAGUGAUAUAAUAUUAAGGUGUCCUCAUUUAUACAAGCUGCGACUGGAUGGGAGUAUGACAGCGUUACCGAAAGAGCUCCCAAACCUCACCAAGUUAACGCUGAUAAAAACAGGACUGAAGGGUGACCAGAUUGAAAUACUGGAGAAGCUGUCCAACUUAAGGGUGCUUUACCUUGGUUGGCUUUCUUUUGAAUCAAAAACAAUGGUUUUCUCCCAAGGAGGCUUUCCUCAUCUGGAGUUUCUUACCCUUCAUUACUUGCGUGAUUUGAAUGAGUGGAGGGUGGAGAAAGAAGCCAUGCCUAGUCUUCAGAGAUUGCGCAUUGAUUGGUGCGAACGAUUGCGGGCAGUUCCAGAUGGGCUUCAGGAGAUUACUACCCUCAAGGAAUUAGCAAUCAAAGACAUGCCCAGUAGAUUCCGCAGUAGGGUUGGGGAAGGAGGAGAGGAUUUCUACAAAAUCAAACAUGUGCCUUCUCUUAUAAUCACAAAUCUCUACGACUCCAAGAAGCCAGAAAUGGAGGAAGCUGCAGGUGCGUCCCAAGUAGAUACGGGUCCAGUCGGUGACUCUCAUCAGGAAUUAACUGUGGAUGCUGCUCCUCCUGCUCCUGAUGAGAAAACAGAGGAAAUACAAGUUGCAUCCCCUCCUAACGUCCUCAGUUAAAAUCCACAAGAUGCUGGUGUUGGAAUUGUAUCAAUGAAUUGAAAAUAUGCUUCUACAAUAUAUAAGUAAUUACAACAAUAAUUUAUACAAUAAUAUAUAGAUUACAAUACACAACGUGUAUCUGAGAUAAAGGAAUUGUAAUUGCAAGAGAAACUGACUUGUGAUUCGAUAGAGGCUUGCAGAUUGGCAAUGUCCUUUAGACAGUGCUUGUAGUUCGUUAGGCUUCUGUCCACCAGGAUACAACUAUCGAUAAUCCAAGAGCCUAGCACCAGACUUUGGAUUCUAGCGAACGUACUAAGUGUUUUUCUCUCUGAAGGAAAGGAAGGAAAAAUAAAUCUAUAUUUUAUUUGGAGAGGAAGACCUGUUGGGUUUAUAUAAAGUUUGAGACACCACUUCAGUUUAAAUUGAAGAGGUAAGUUGCCUUUCAAUAACCUCUUUAGUUCAAAUUCAAAAGGUAAGUUGAUCAGACUUGUGCUUUUGAAUUCAACCGUCAAAAACUGAAUUCUAUUCCACCACCGUUUGGAAAUCUCAUUGAGGAAGAUCCAAGUGAGGUGAAAAUCCCCUU